AUGUCGAAGAUCACGGUCGCUGGUGUGCGUACGAACGUACAAGCCCUCCUCGAGUACUCCAACGAGACCAAGAAGCGCAACUUCCUCGAGACUGUCGAGCUUCAGAUCGGCCUCAAGAACUACGACCCGCAGCGUGACAAGCGUUUCUCGGGUACCGUCAAGCUCCCAAAGGUCCCACGUCCAAACAUGAGCAUCUGCAUUCUCGGUGACCAGCACGAUAUCGAUCGUGCCAAGCACGGAGGUGUCGACGCCAUGUCUUCGGACGAUCUCAAGAAGCUCAACAAGAACAAGAAGUUGAUCAAGAAGCUCGCGCGCAAGUACGAUGCCUUCAUUGCUUCCGACUCCUUGAUCAAGCAGAUCCCCCGUCUCUUGGGCCCAGGUCUCUCCAAGGCCGGCAAGUUCCCAACCCCAGUCUCGCACGCCGACGAUCUCUCUGGCAAGAUCACCGAGGUCAAGUCCACCAUCAAGUUCCAGCUGAAGAAGGUUCUGUGCAUGGGUGUCGCAGUCGGCAACGUUGACAUGACGGAGGAUGAGCUCAUCGGAAACAUCAUGUUGGCCAUCAACUACCUCGUCUCCCUCCUGAAGAAGGGCUGGCAGAACGUGGGCAGCUUGACCAUCAAGGCCAGCAUGUCUCCACCAAAGCGUCUGUACUAG